UAAACUCAAUUUCAAUCUAUUAUCAAAGUAAUAAUCUCUUAACUCCACAAGUUUCAAAAAAAUUGAUUUUUUUCUUAAAAUACGGUGCCGAAUCAAAUUGAAAUAGAGCAAGACAAAGAAAUUGAAGUGAGAGGAAGUAUAUUAUUGAUGAAGUAGACUGUGUCGAAUCAAAUGGAGUUCAUUGAUAGGAAAAAUUUUCCACAAGCUGCAAGGUUGUUUUCGAGGGGAAGAAUAAGAAGAAGUGCAGAGAAAGUUGCGUGAAGUGUAACUUAUUCCUAUCUAUCCUAUAUUUUGCAAUUGGGAAUAUAUACAAAGAUCACUAUUUAAUGGAAAGUCCGCAUAUAUUUAUAUCUUUGUGUUCCGACUCUUCCUAUAAUGCCAUAUGCAUUGUGGAAGUUUAGUGCCCAAUUGUUUUUUUGUUUACUGUUAAAUGGUAAUGCAAUUGCUCCUAACAAGUUGAACUAGCUAACAAAUGAACCUAAAGUCAGUUAGAUUGGUACCAAAUGAAAUGCAAGCCCAAAAUGUUACUAAAUCAGUGGAAGUAUUUUUGUCGUAAUCAAGUCAACGGGACAACGACUCAGAUAGUCAAUGUUUGUUAUUAUUAAAUCAAUAAAUUUGGGAAUAUCACUUUAUAUGAAGGUCUAUAAUUUUUGGCUUCAAUCGGAAGGCAUUGAUCCAGAUUUUUUUUUUUUUUUUUUUUACGUACUACAAAGGGUUGCCGGAAAUCUAGCCCCCCAUGGCUUACAGCACGGCGUAUUUCCCAAUUCCGGCAUGUUCAGUUCGUUGGUUGAUGAUGUUGGUGAUUGUAUUUACUUUGUUGCUAAAUAGCAAUUCUGUUUCUUCAUAUUCACCAGCAGCAUAUGGGGAUUUUACCUGCCGCAAUUUAACAGAUAUGGAAAGAGGGAAGUUGGAUCCUAAAAGCAACGGGGUAUGCUCGGAAGAGGCCAAACCUCUUCCAGUUUGUGAAUGUGGAUUCAAAAUGUUGGACUCUUCCUUCUUGAGUAAGAAGAAGAUGCAUGAAAUUGAAAAGGGAGCAAACGACUUUAACAUACCUAUAAUCAGAUCAAACCAAAAGUUAGUUGCCACUACUGACGGAGGUCUACAUAACCCUUCUUGUUUAGUCUUCAAUUCUGCAUGGAAGGUCCAACAACUAGAACAUGAACCAAACAAAAAGCUCAAUUAUCCAUCACCUGCUAAUAUUCAAAGACCGAAUAGUGAUGAGGACAUCGCAUUCAUGAGUAUUCUUGAACUUGGGCAGCUUCUCAAGGCAAAUCUAAUCACAUCCGUGGAGCUGACUGAAAUUUUCUUGAAGAGAAUCAAGAGGUAUGGUCCUGUCCUUGAAUCUGUCGUUACAGAUACUGAAGAAUUAGCAUACCAACAAGCAAAAGAGGCUGAUCAACUGCUUGCUGAUGGCAAAUAUUUGGGUCCUCUUCAUGGAAUUCCUUAUGGUCUAAAGGAUAUCAUAUCAGUACCUAACUAUACCACAACAUGGGGUUCAACAUCUUUUAGAGACCAAGUUCUCGAUAUUGAAGCUUGGGUUUAUAAGAGGCUGAAAUCUGCUGGGGCAGUUCUUGUUGCAAAGUUAGUUACUGGUUCUUUAGCAUAUGAUGACGUCUGGUUUGGUGGUAGAACAAGAAACCCAUGGAAUAUCGAGGAAUACUCUACGGGAUCAUCAGCAGGGCCUGCGUCUUGCACCUCAGCAGGUUUGGUUCCAUUUGCAAUCGGUUCAGAAACUUCCGGCUCUAUUACCUAUCCAGCUUCUCGCUGUGGCGUGACGGCACUGCGGCCCACUUUUGGAGCUGUUGGUCGAACAGGUGUUAUGAGCAUAGCUGAAAGCUUGGAUAAAUUAGGCCCUUUUUGUAGAAAUUCUGUGGAUUGUGUGAUUGUUCUGGAUGCCAUUUGGGGGAAGGACCCAGAUGAUGUUUCAUCCAGAGACAUUCCCUUUAGAGAUCCUUCUUCAGUUGAUAUCACAAAGCUCACUGUUGGAUAUCUUGAGGAUGCUGAGAUGGAAGUUGUUCAGGUACUUCAAUCAAAAGGAGUGAAUAUGGUCCCGUUUAACCUGAGUUACACUGUUGAUUCUGUCCAAGGUAUCCUCAAUUUCACAAUGGAUGUAGAGAUGCUGGCUCACUUCGACAAAUGGCAGCGCUCGAAUCUGGAUGAUGAAUAUGAAGCCCAAGAUCAAUGGCCUAUUGAACUUCGCCGAGCACGUGCCAUAUCUGCCGUUGACUAUUUUCAGGCACAAAGAGCUAGAGGUAUAUUGAUUCAACAAGUGAGAGAAAGUUUCAAAGUUGAUGCAUUUAUUGGAAAUGCAACUGACUGGGAGAAAGUUUGUCUUGGCAAUCUUGUGGGUAUUCCAGUAGUAGUGGUUCCAACAGGAUUCAAAAAGAUAUCUGAUGCACCAUCAAAUGAUACACGCAGGAGAACAACAAUAACUACAGGCAUAUAUGCUCCUCCAGAUCAUGAUCAUGUCGCGUUAGCUUUAGCAAUGGCUUAUCAAUCAGUCACCGAUCAUCAUAAGCAGCGGCCACCAAUUGAUGACCUUGGGCCAAAUGAUUCGAUUUCAGACUCAUCAAAAUCCCUUUAAUGGGGUUGAAGGUUGUUGAUGCUCUUGAGUGGAUAUGAACCUCCAUGUGCUUUAACUUGGUGUGAUUCAGAUUUCAGACCAACGGUUGUAAAUGUUAAAAAUAUCUAAAGUAUGAACCGCAGUUUUCUGUUUGUGCCACGAGGAAGAGAAAAUUCUGUCUACGUCUUUUUACAUUUGAUAUGUAAAUGAUUUUUACUUUGUAUUUUGUGGAUUAUUUAUCCAAGGUCAGUAUCACUUCUGCUUA